AUGCACUUGUCUCUUGCCACCCUCCGUCACAUCUUGGCAUUUUGCAUCUUCGUCCUCCCCGCUAAGCAUGGGUUAGUAGCCGUGGCAAGUAUGUCAUCAGCUUCUUUUGUCCUAGUGUUGCUCUACAUCUGCCGCACGAUCAUAUAUUCUAAGAAGGCAGCAGAAGCAGAGAAACGCAAGGUCGAUUGUCUUCCGCCAGAUUACUUUCCGCAAGUCGAAUUUCGCCGUGGUUCCAGAAAUUUAGGCAUAUUCGACUCGCUCAUCACCUUCGGCCAGUUCGGAUCGAAUGACUUGGAACUCACAGACUACGAACUUCUCGCAGAAAUGUACAGCUCCCCCAAGUUCUCCGCGGCAAUCAAACCUCGGCUGGUAACAAUAAUACGAAGAACUGGACAAGUGGUCCGCAGCUUGAAUGAGCACCUGGACGAGCUAGCCAUUCAUGGUUUCAAUACUAUGCUUGUUUUUGUGUUUGAACAGGAAAAGGAAAACAUCCACAGUUCCACUGCAGCUCUGAUUAACGGCGAGGCUGGUGACCAACCUACAGUACUCAAUCGCACUCAAACGAGCCUGAGGCACCUUGCUUGGAUGAUUCAUGUAACACAAUUGUUGGCGGAGUCAGCGGUAGACCAUCACCAAGAUAUGAUAAAGAGUCUGAACGAAAACAUCGAAUCCAUUGGCCGACAAACCGAGACCAAGAUCGAAUCAAAACAACAGUUACUUGCGGAGCUUCAUAAAUCUGUAGCGCUUGGGCUUCUUGCGAAUUCAUGCUUGGAGCGUUGGAGAAGACAGUUAAAAAUCUACGCCGGUAACGUCCGCUUAACCCAGGAAAUCCAUGAUUCCGGAGGGGAGAGAUGUAGUUACGUCAAGGAUGCGGUUGUGAAUGCAUUGGAUGCUCUGUUGAAAUCGAAAAAGACAAGUGGCGGGCCCUUAGGUUCAAUACGUGAAAAUCAGAAUAACAACCAGUUGUGA